AUGCAGUUCGCUUUACCUCCGCGAAAGAGUUCGCAUCCUCCCCUGUACUCUCGACCCUCGCAAUCCUCAGCCCUACGACGUCGACAACUGAAGACCGCUGCUGUGCUUGGAUUUGUGGUGAUUUCGAUUCUUCUUUUCAUUUCACACUUAUUUUCUUCUGGCUCCCAAUCGACGUCGGUUGCCGGUGGACCAAAGGUUGUGCUGGUUACGGUCCUGGACGAGCAGAGCUUGAGUGAUGGGUACAUUCAACGGAUUAAGCAGAAUCGGGAGGACUAUGCGAAACGACAUGGCUAUCUCAACUUCUUCGCCAGUACAUCCGAAUACGUCCCCGUCUUGAACGAUGCUCCUCGAAGCUGGGCAAGUAUUCCAGCCGUGCGCCAUGCGAUGACAUUAUAUCCCGGGAGCACAUAUUUCUUCCACCUCUCCCCUCAUGCUCUUAUCAUGAACCCUACCUUACCCCUUACCUCGCACGUCCUCGAUUACAAGAAACUCGACUCGCUCAUGAUCAAGGAUAUCCCCGUUGUGCCACCAGACAGCGUGAUCAAAAACGUUCAACCACCUGGCCGCAAAGGACGUCGAUUUGAUCAUCACCCAAGAUGGCGAGAAUUUAUGCCCCGGUAG